AUGAAUUAUUGUGGUGGUCAUGGAAUAUUUCAGAUUUUCGUUUGGAUUAUUAUAGUAUUUCUAAGUCUCGAAACGAUUAUCGGCAAUGCAAUGGUCAUUGUCGCGUAUAAGGUUGAACGAGCGAUCAGCAAGCAGGUCAGUAAUCGAUACAUUGUCUCAUUGGCCGUAUCUGAUCUUAUUAUCGGUGUUGAAGGCUAUCCCUUGUUUACACUUUACGUUCUCAAUGGUGAUCGUUGGCCACUAGGUUGGGUCGCAUGUGAGACGUGGCUGUUUCUUGACUAUACACUCUGUUUGGUCUCAAUUCUAACCGUGCUACUGAUAACUGCAGAUCGUUAUUUAUCCGUAUGUCAUACUGCAUCCUAUAUAAAAUGGCUAACACCUGCAAAAACACAAAUAAUGAUCGUCCUAUCGUGGGUUAUUCCUGCUUUCAUUUUUGGCGUUAUGAUUUACGGAUGGCCACUUAUGACUGGAAGUGCGUCCGGAAUGAUGGGAACCGAAUGUUCCGCACCAUUCCUCUCCAAUCCAUACGUUAAUAUGGGUAUGUACGUUGUGUAUUAUUGGACAACGCUCAUUGCAAUGCUCAUUCUUUACAAGGGUAUUCAUAAGGCUGCAAAAAAUUUAGAAGAAAAAGCAAAAGCGAAAGAACGACGUCAUAUUGCGCUCAUACUCAGCCAACGAUUGGGCACUCAGGUUGGCGUUUCGUUGAUGCUAUCACAAAAUGAAAACGUCGGUAACAACAGCGCUGCUGCUGCCACGGCUACUGUGAAUGAACCAUGCACGAAAGAUAGCGGUUAUCAAACUAUUUCAACAAACUUAACGACAUCGACAACAUUCGCUGCAUACGGGUCUGAUGGAUCGACACGGAAUCUGGAGAUGAUACGUGAAGAAACAGAACGAAGUAGUAUUGUGGAUGUGAUGAUAGAUGAAACACUCGCAGAGCACGGCUCAGGCUCGAAAUUGCUUGAAAAGUUCGUCGAAUCAGCGCAUGCAUCUGCAUCAGCUACAGCACUUGAAAGGCGUUGUUCGUUGGCCUCUAGCACCAUUAGUCAACCGGAUGAUACUGUAACAGCUGACUACGAAAGGAAAUACAUGGUUAGCAGCUAA